GAUACUGGUCUCUGCUGCCCGGCAUAACAUUUCAACGCUUAAAGGUUGACACAUACACACAAAAACAACAACAACCUUUCAAAGACUCCAGCUAUGGACCCUUACCAAGACAAGGACACUCAAAUGUAUUUCUACGAAAAUAGACUGAAAACCUUCGUGGGAUGGCCGUUCAACGAGGGCUGUUGUUGUACUCCAGAGAACAUGGCCAAAGCCGGUUUCAUCCACACCCCUUCAGACAACAGCCCUGACACCGCCACCUGCUUCUUCUGCCUCAAGGAACUGGAAGGCUGGGAACCAGAAGAUGAUCCGAUAAAGGAACACAAGUCUCACUCCUCCGUCUGCCACUUCAUCAAGCUGAAGAAGAAAGUGGAGAACCUGACUGUGGAAGAAUUCCUUAAACUACAUAAAGAGAAACACAAGUUUAUGAUGGGUAAACGAUGUAAAGACGCCAUCGCUAUGUAUGCGGAGGCGGCCAAAUUGAGGAGGGCAGAAAUCGUGAAGACGGUCAUGGGUGAAGAGUGACGGAGGAAGGAGCCGAGUUUUAAUUUGCUACAUGUUUAAUAAACGAAUGAAGAAA